AUGUCCUCUUCCGGCCACCUCUUCACCACCGUUAUCCACAACAAGUCGUAUCCCGCCAUCUCGACAUCGCGCCCUGAGCUCUCGCAAGCCGGCAGGACGGUGCUGGUCGGCGGCGGCUCCACGGGGAUCGGCUUCAGCAUUGCGAAGUCGUUUGCAGCGGCCGGGGCAUCGCGCGUGAUUAUCGUCGGUCGCCGCCAGAGUGCCCUUGGCUCUGCCGUGGCUCAGGUCUUGACCGAGUAUCCAGGAACUGAGGUACUUGCGUACGUAUGCGACGUGGCUGAUGAAGCUUCUACCGAGAAGCUCUGGUCGAGCCUGAGAAAGGACGGCAUUCUCGUCGACAUCUUAGUUUUGAACGCCGCCAAAUUGUCGCCCGAGCAUACCAUCCUCAGCCUCGGCACUAAGAAGGUGUGGGAGGAGUUCGUCGUCAAUGUCAAGGCUCCACUGGACAUGACAGAGAGAUUCUAUAAGCAGGAAGGCAGAGAUUCCUCUCGAAAGCUCUCUCUACUAUUACUGUCUUCGGGAGCUGCCCAUGAUUAUGCUGCCGCGGCACCGUGGCCAAACUACAUGGCGACGAAGAACUCUGCCACGAUGCUAAUCCAGCAGAUCGCCAGAAACACAAAGCCAACAGACAUGCAAGUCGUGUCCUACCACCCUGGCGUUCACCACACUGAGCUUGUGAAGGGAGCGGCAGGGGAUACGGGCGCCGACACCGAGUUGCCCUGGGACUUUGACGACAUCCGGCUUCCGGGUGACUUUGCAGUUUGGGCUGCUUCGGACGAGGCCGCCUUUCUGCAUGGCCGGUUCGUGUGGGCGCUCUGGGACGUGGACGAGUUGAAGGCGGGGCCUAUUCGGGAGAGGAUUGAGCAGGACGACAACUUUCUGCGAGUUGGAAUUCAUGGACUUUGA